AUGGUUGAUGUUUUCAAAAAGGAAAAAAUCCAUCCAGAGGUCAAUCCACCUAUCUCAAAAAAACUGGUCAAAUGUGAGAAUCUUGAAAAUGAUCUGAGGAAAUUUUUGCAACGCUCUUUAAAUAGUAGGUACUUUCUGAUUUUGGGCGAGCCUGUAACAGGAAAAUCAACCUUGAUUCAAAGUACCAUCUUGUAUCUCCAAGAGCCAAAGGGUGUCAUUCACUUUGUGUGUCCUUCAAAUGUGAAAGAAUUUGCAAAGAAUUUGGCAGAACAUCUGAAUUGUGAGUUAUAUCCAUUUAAGUUGAGAGAUAUUGUCGUGCCCAAUGCAAUAAGAAAAGUUUUGAUUCUUGAGCAAGUAGACCGCAUUGCUAUGAAUGACCAAAAGUUUAUUGAGAUACUCCAAGAUUUUGCAAAGGACUGUGCGGAUGAAGGUUCUCUUAUCGUUGUAUUUAUUGCAACUCGCUCUUCCCGUGAAUCAGACAAAGGAUUAGAUUUACUUGAUUCAGAGGAGUUGGAAUCGGAUGAAUCAGACACUGGCUCAAGUUCAGAAAGUUCUUUAUACAGCUCAAUAUUAGUUGAGUGUUUCAAUCGCUUACCAUUUUGGGUGAUAAUAUAUCCUUCAUCCACUACCACAUCUGAAAUCAGUGCUUCUCCCACUGAGAUGAUUGUUCCAGCUGUAACUGAAGCUGUUGGCGGAACAUCUGACGAAAUUUCCGAUGCUUCUGUGUAG